AUAAUAUUGUUAUCUUAUCUACAGAGAACAUUUUUUCCCCGAUCAGUAAUAGUCUUGAUAUAGGCAUAAAGAUAGAUAUACGUGUAACCUAAAAAAUAAAAUAAAACAAAAACGGUGUGUUUUAGAACAUUACAAUAUGUUGCAGUAUCUUUAAUAAGCUGUUCAAUUAGAAUAAUCGCCGAAAUUAUUUUAAUUAAGAUGGUGCGAUGUUCUUUCGGGUAAUCAUCAAGUAUUCCCAUUUAACAAAUCAAUUUUUAAACGGCUAAUGUUCAUGGUAAAAUCUUCACUAUGACGAAUACAAAGGGGAUAAUUUUUGGUGGAGCUUUGAUAUGCGGUUUAGUUAUUUACAUAACUGUCAUAUUUGUUGGUACAAGUGAAGACAACGACUAUAAACUAUAUUACAAUAAAGAUAAAUUAAAUCAUUUCCAACACUUAAAGACAAUAAAGCAAUACAAAGAACAUGGAGUUAAAGUAGAUAAAACUUCAAGUCUCUCAGAAGAUGAAUCUAUAGCUGAGAUGCAAAAGAGUUUAUCAAAUUUUCCUAUCGAAUUUUGGUACCGAAACAAAAACAAAUCUAUGAAAAUGAAUAAAACUUGUGCUCUCUUUCCUAGUUUAUUAGAUAUCGAAUACAAUAAUAAUUACUGGCAGACGUUACGAACUUCUCAAGAUGUGACAUUUCAUUUAUACGGCGCUUAUUUCGAUAACAGGGAAAAAAACCUUUUAGGACCAACUGUUCGAAUUCUCAGUAUGAUAAAUCUGAAGAAUACUACAGUAAAAACGCAUUGUCAAUUUUGGUUUGAAAACAAGAACGAACCUGUGAUUGUACCGAGUACAGAAUACAGAUUUGUUUGGUUUUUAGAUUGGGGUGUCCAGAAACAAGGUACUUUUGAACCUCACUUAAUCGCCUGUGUUUUACCCGAAAAUGUAAAGAAUAUUGUACCCAAAUCGGUAUCAUUAGUAGAAAAAUACUGUGAUACUGCUAAAAAUAAUAUGAAGGUUUACAACAAUAAACCAGAAGAGAAGAAAGAUUUUGCUGUAUGCGUCAAGGGCAUGGAUUUUUUGAAAUCAGAUUUGUCUGUAAAGCUAGCAGAAUGGAUCGAACUACUCCAUUUACUAGGAGCAGAUAAAACGUUCUUUUAUAUAUUGAAUGUACACCCGAACAUCACUAAAAUAUUGAAUUAUUACGAACAACAAGGGAAGAUUGAGGUGAAUCCAAUAUCUUUGGCCGGUGUUUCACCUAACGCACCACUUCUUCAGCACUACUAUUUAAAAAAUAAAGUGUUUCAUAAAAGACAGCAAGAACUUAUACCAUAUAACGACUGUUUUUAUAGGCACAUGUAUGAAUAUAAAUACAUUAUUUUACUUGACACGGAUGAGGUUAUAAUGCCAAUCAAAGCAAUGAAUUGGUCCAGUCUUAUUGAAAAAGUUCUUCCAGAGGCGCGUAUAAAAUUUAACAAUGAUCCUUCAACUCUUACUGUCCAAAAUACAUUCUUUUUGGAUUAUUUUUUGGAUUCGCACGGGUACUUUACAGAAAUCCCAACAUACAUGCACAUGAUGCAACAUGUCUACAGAUCGAGAAAACACACGCGCCCAGGGUCCUAUGCUAAGGCAUUUUUCAGCACCGAACAUGUCCUAUCGCUUCACAAUCAUCAUCCCAUUGAAUGUCUCGACGGCUGUAGAAAUUUCGACAUAAGAGUAGAAGAUGCCCAGUUGAAUCAUUAUAGGUCUAGCUGCGAUAGUGCAACGAAAAAGGAAUGUGACGAGUUACUAAAAGACAUAGUUUUAGACUCAUCGAUAUGGAGAUAUAGUGAAACGUUAAAUUCAAACGUCUACAACACCUUAAAUGAAUUAGGGUUUUUCGAAAAUACCACAAUAGUUAAAAAAUCAACUAAUUUAUUUUAAUUUGAUUAUGUAAAUUGUUUAAAAAAAUUUUAAAAUAAAAUUCAAAGUAAAUAGUAUAAUUAUUUUGUUAUAGUAGAUACUAAAUAAUAUUAUUGAUUAAUUUUGUAAAAAAAAUUAGUAAUAAAGAGUGAAAUAAAUCCAAAAUACCAAACUA